AUGUUUAUCUUUAUUUGUCUGCAGGUGGAACUACCUUUGAAGAAAGCGGCCGUGAAGCGAGCCCGGGAGUCUCCGCCGCCCGGGGGGCUCGUCACGCCUCAACCCUCGGACUCUGAGGGUGAGGAUGAGUGCUCCAAGAGGUCCCGCUGUGAGCUGGCGAGGCUGCUCCUCACCACUCCUCCGCCCGAGCCCUGCUGCCGGCCCUCGGUCAUCAUGCGCGCCCACAAGGACGGCACCUGCAGCCCCGAGCCGCUGCCCCCGCCGCCUCCCUCCAACAUGAACAUCCUCAAGACGCUCAAGUUCAAGAUGAACCGCGGCCACAGCUACUCCCAGACUCGGUACAUCGCCAGCCAGCUCCACAGCCCGCCCGCGCCGCCCGUCACUCCUCCCGCUAAGGUUGAGGAGCCGCGGGUCCCGUCCCCACACCCGGAGGUCCCCAGGCCCGAGGAGCGCGCGCCCCCUCCCCCCACAGCGUCCACCCCCGGCUGGGUGCCCCUCGCCCCCCGGCCCGCGCCCGCGAUGCUCGUCCCCGGCGCCCUCCUGCCCACCACCGCCUUAUGGCUGGUCGCGCCCGCGCCCGCAGCAAGGAGACGUCUCUACGAGUGUUCGUACCCCGGCUGCGGAAAGAACUACUUCAAGUCCUCACACCUGAAGGCUCACGCGAGAACACACACCGGCGAGAGGCCCUUCAAGUGUGGCUGGUCGGGCUGCGAGAGACGGUUCUCACGGUCGGACGAACUGUCGCGACACAAGCGGACUCACACCGGGGAGAAGAAGUUCGGCUGUCGAGUGUGUAACCGACGCUUCAUGCGGUCCGACCACCUCGCCAAACACGUGAAGAGGCACGCCAAGGAGCGGCCGCCCGCCCCGGUCGUGAGGCUGCUGCCCUCGCCAGCCUCCCCGCCCGCCGCGCUCAUGACGGUCGCCCAGUGA